AUGGCCAGCGAAAUUCAACUCAAUGAGUAUACAAGCCCAGAAAGUUCAGAAACGCAAAAGUAUCAUCCACGAAAAACGUUACGCAAAAAGUCGAUCUGGCAUCGUAUUUUAUCGAAAUCCGUUUCCUCUAAAGAUAGCAGAGCCUUCGAAUAUGGAAGACCCGAGGAGCACGACACCGAGGAGGUCAUUGUUUACAUGAAUGACCCAGGGCAGAAUAAAAAAUUUCGAUUUCCUACAAAUUUUAUCUAUACUUCAAAGUAUACAAUAUGGACAUUUUUGCCCGUUGGUCUCUUUUACCAAUUUUUGAAUGUUAGUAACCUUUAUUUUCUUGUCCAUGCGAUAUUUUCACUAAUACCAGGGGUGUCCCCGAUUAGCCCGAUAACUUCUAUUUUGCCAUUGCUGUUUGUGCUUACAGUCGCACUUUCUAGGGAGGGCGUAGAGGAUAUCGUUCGACAUCAGGCCGACAGACGAGUUAAUUCCUUGCCUGUUGAAGUACUACGGGAGGGUCGGAUGGUGUCAAUUCCCAGCUUCGAGCUGCUCCCGGGUGAUAUUAUUAAGAUCAGAAAUGGUGACGAGAUCACUGCUGAUGUGAUUCUAUUUUCUUCUUCUAUGGAUGAAGGUCAAGCCUUCAUCGAUACAUGCAAUUUAGACGGUGAAACAAACUUAAAGAGUCGUAAGGCAUUGGAGGCGACUUGGAACCUGUCGAGCGUAGAGGAGUUCACACAAACUUGUGCUGUCCUCCACACGACCCCGCCGGAUUCCGGUCUUCUGUCGUGGAUGGGUGUAAUCAAUAUAAAUGGGUGUGAACAUUCCCUGUCAUUGGAUCAAUUUCUUUAUAGAGGCUGUAUACUGAAAAACACGGACUGGGUAUGGGGCAUGGUAGCCUACACAGGCGUGAAUACUAAACUAUUCAAGAACUUGAAGAAGAGGCCGUUUAAGUCGUCAAGUCUAAAUUGCAAGAUGAACAUACUUAUCGUGGUCAUUUUUAUUUUUCAGAAUGUUGUACUAUUCACUUUCAGCGGAUUGGCGCCUUGGUGGAACUCUGCACAGGCCGGACGCUGGUACUUGGCUUUCUAUCUUAGUCGUGACGAACCCGUAAAGGUCUUUUUCUAUCGAUAUUUGACCUACUUUAUUUUGCUCAGCUACCUUAUCCCCAUAUCGCUUUUUGUGACCAUCGAUUUGUGCAAGGUGGUCCAGGCCUAUUGGAUGCGAAGGGAUUGCGAGAUGAUGGAGUCUGUAGAUGGUAAAGUGAGAGGUUGUAGAGCUAACACUUCCAACCUUAACGAACAGCUAGCCUUAGUGAAGUUUAUUUUCACUGACAAGACCGGAACUCUUACAGAAAAUGUAAUGCGGUUCAAAUGCGGCGACGCUAUUGGCGUUAGCAUUGACUCUGAAAACUUACAUAGCGUGUACGCUGAGUUAAACCCUGAUAGCCCUCAAUGUGCUUCGGUUUACGAGUACUUCAUAGCAUUAGCAUUGUGUAACACUAUACACAUUUUCAAGAGUGAAGACAACCCAUACGAAAUCACAUAUGGGGGGCCCUCCCCGGAUGAAAAAGCGUUGGUAGAAGCCGCUGCAGAGGCUGGCUUCCGUAUGACCCAACGAACCCUCCGCUGCAUCACGUUGGAUAUUGGGGGCAAGGAAAGGGUGUUCAAUAUUCUCGCCACGCUAGAGUUCACGCCUGAGCGUAAGAUGAUGAGCAUCAUUGUUGAAGACACGAUUACAGGCAAGAUCACUUUAUAUAACAAAGGGGCCGAUAGUUUUGUGAAGAAACAGCUCAGCUCGGCACCUGAUGUUCAGGCUAACUUCGAUAAAACAGAGAUCGCACUCACUAAUGCAGCCUCAAUGGGGCUUCGAACGCUACUAAUCUGUGCCAGGGAUCUGAGCUUUAGUGAAUUCGAGGACUGGAACGAAAGGUUCGAGAAGGCUAACAAAAUGCUACAAAACCGCAGCGCCGCUGUUGACAGUGUUUGCUUGGAGAUAGAACAGGAUAUGAGGCUCGUUGGCAUGACGGCCAUUGAAGAUCGUUUACAGGAUGAAGUACCACAGACGCUAUCUUUUUUCCUUAAGGCAGGGGUGGUUAUUUGGAUGCUGACAGGAGACAGGCGUGAGACGGCUGUGGCGAUUGCGGCGACCACCACUCUGGUGGACCCGCGCAACGACUUCAUUGACCACGUUGACAUCGGCAGCCUUGACCCCUCACAACCUGAAGCACUAAGCAAAGUAAGUGCUGAUUUGAAGCUUAUCGAAAUGCAUUUGUCAAUGAAGGAAACUAACCCAGGGAAGCGCUGUACUUUUGCAAUAGACGGUGUGGCCUUGAUGAUUGCUAUACGGCAUUGCUAUCAAGAAUUUUUGUUCAUCUCUCAAAGGGCUGACUCCGCUAUCUGUUGUCGCCUUACGCCUUUGCAGAAAGCAACUAUAGUGCGCAUGUUUCAGAAAGAAACGGGCAUGACGGCACUAGCCAUCGGUGAUGGCGUUAACGAUGUGUCUAUGCUUCAGGAAGGACGAGUCGGGGUUGGCAUUAUUGGGUUGGAGGGUGUGCACGCCGCGUUGGAGGCUGAUUAUGCGAUUCCUCGCUUCAAACACCUGCGUCGACUCUGCGCAAUUCACGGGCGGUACUCGCUCGUGCGCAACUCCCGUUGCAUUCUUAUGAGUUACUAUAAAAAUAUUACUUUAGCCGUCCUCCAGAUCAUAUUUGCCUGCUACACGGGGUUUUCAGGGAUGUCGCUCUUUGAUGGAUGGCUUUUGGUUUUUUACAACAUAGCACUUACCGCCUUACCACCGUUGUUUCUAGGUAUUUUUGAAAAAGACCUGCCCGAGAGCAUUUUGAUGACUCGACCGGUUCUUUACGCCUCAUUGGCGCAGGGCCAGUACUUUAGCUUUAGAAUAAUGGCAAUAUGGGUGGCUGAGGCACUUGUUUUGGCGCUUGUUAUUUUUUACACAGCUUAUCCCGUUUUGCACACAGCUAUUGGGGGUCAUAAAAUUAUUAUAACCGGGUCUAUCGGUAGCACAAUGAUUUAUAUAGGAUUAGUUUUCGCUGUGUUACUGCGCUUCGCGCUCAGUAUUCGCUGUUGGAACUUUUUUCAGGGUUUAGGUAUUUUGUUAUCAGCUUUAGGCACUCUUAUAAUUAUCCUAAUCUACUCGGCAAUCCCAAUGCUGCUUGAUUCUCCGACUGUAUAUUGGGGCAUCUUCAACUUAGCAGGCACGGCAGUUUUUUGGGGCUAUCUCUUGCUGUGGCUUAGCCUUUUGCUAGGAAUAUUGUUGAGUGUUUUUCAUUACAGAAGGCGUUUUUUCCCAACAUACAUAGAUGCUGUUGUUUUUGAGUAUAAGAAAACUCAUGGAAGCCUUUAA